AUGGAAGGCGGACGCAGCCGGCCAGACUAUGACGGCGGAGCAUCGCUGGACGGCUCGGAAACAAGCAGUGGUUCUUUGAUAGCUAGCCAGAAUCAAUUUCCAGUGGAGCAUUUCCUGGACGCCGGUGUCUUUGAGCGAGGAGGACUGGAAAUUCCCAGACCUGAGGUUGCCGUGCCGCCUCAAGUCCAGGCUUGCCUGGGCGAUAUUGACAGAAUGCGUCGCAUUGCCCGGCAGUAUUUCGACACUGUCCAUACGUGGAUGCCGAUCGUUUGUAGACAGCGAUUCUCCAUGUCUCUGAUCAACCAACUGGCUUGUCCGCGGGCAGAUGUUGUUCUGCUGGUACUCUGCAUGAAAAUCUCCAUCUGGGCUCCCCAGCCGGACCAAUGCCACGCAAGGAGCUCGGUGGCCUACGUGUCGGCAAAAAAGUUUCUUUUGGAUUUGGAAAUCUCGGGCAUGCUGACCCUCGAGACGCUGCAGGCCGGCGUGCUCAUCUGCCUCUUCGAGCUGGGACACGCCAUCUAUCCGUCAGCCUACCUGACUGUCGGCACAUUAGCCAGGUACGGGUCGGCUCUUGGCCUGGAUAAGGAUGCGCUGAAGCCGUUCAGCUCUGCUGCCGGCUGGACCAGAGCCGAGGAGGUGAAGAGGGUCUGGUGGGCUGUCUUGAUCCUAGACCGGUUCGUCUGUAUGGCAACCCCUGGAAAUGGAUAUGUUUUGCUGAUGGGUCAUGGCAGCUAUUUGGCACUGGGAAGUCCAGACCGAUCGUUGGCCACACAUAGUAUCCGUCUAUCAGACAGUCUUCCGGUCGACGACGAGGCCUGGGAUCGAGCAUCACCAGUCCCGCCUCCGGUCCUGCCUCUUUCUUGCUCUACGCUCAACACGGGGAGAUUCUCACGCAUUGCUCAGGCAACCUAUCUUCUUGACUUAGUACUGAGGUAUCGAUCCAAUAAUGAUACCGAUGCAAGGACGCGAGGCGCGGAAGCUGCACAACUGCGACGCACUCUUCUUUCCCUGAUUGUCCUGGCCGAUGUGGAGGGCAGUCUCCGGCAGUUGGAGUUUUGCCCGACAAAUGCAGUCUGCUACAGGUACGAUGAGAGCACCAGUGGGUAA